AUGCUUUGUAAUAUUUGGAAUUUUUUUUGGAGAUUUGUCCUUGCAGAUUUGUCCGAUUAUUAUCCAUCAGUGGAAUGGGAUAUUAUGUCACGAAUUGCGAAGCGGCGUACCAAAAACUAUCCAACUUGUUGUCCAAAUGAAGCCUAUAUUGAUAUCAUGUAUUACUUGGAGCUGCGUCGUAAACCGCUAUUUUAUACGGUCAAUUUGGUGUUCCCUUGUGUUGGCAUAUCAUUUCUAACAAUUCUCGCUUUCUACUUACCAUCA